AUGUUUUAUUAUGACUACAUACUCAAAAUUGAGGGAAGUAAAGAUUAUAAAUUUUAUUGGCAAUCAGAUCGACAACCUUGCCCAUAUCUUCGAAAAACAAAUUUUAAAACAGUUAAACAUGUUCUUAUUGAUAGUAAACGAGUAACAAAUAAUCAAGGAAAUUAUUUUCCAAAUACUACUCAGUUAACCAUUACAAAUAAUUUUGAAACACUUGAUGAUUUAUUUCCAAUAAUUCUCAAUCGCAUUAUCCCUGUAAAAAAUCUCACAAAAAUAGUUAUCGAAUCAUUCAGUUUUCCAUUGGAACAAAUAAUCAAUUUAAUACGAUUUACACCUAAUUUACAUACAUUAAAAUUUUAUUUAAUUUUUUUAAAAAAAAUCAAAACAAAUAUUAUUGAACAAAGUCAAAUAUUUCAAUAUAUAUCAAAGACAAAUAAAAUAAAAUACUUAGAUCUUCAUGAUGAUUGUUCAUUAGAAAGAAUUCAAUUAAUUAUGAAAUUAUUUCCAAAAUUAGAAUCUAUGAAAAUUGGUAUGAAGAAAAAAGAAACUAAUGAAAUUGCUCGAUUUAUAUUAUCAAAUAAUAAUAUUCAAACAGGUCCUUUAACAUUUUUAUGUAUGUCACAAGUACCAAGAAGAUGUUUGAAAGAAAUAAAUAUAUUAAUUAAAUCGGAAAACUUAGUUAAUGAUUAUUGUAUUAAAUAUUUUGAUCGUGAUUUAUAUUUAUGGUGGUGA